GAGAGAACUAAAUAUUGCGUAAGCUACGUACGGUCAUUAUUUGUUUAUAUUUCUAUGUUGCGAGAUGUUAGAAGGAGUAAAACACGUGCUGCUAGUUCUUUCUGGAAAGGGAGGCGUAGGUAAAUCUACUAUUAGUACACAACUGGCCCUUGCACUUAAAGAGUCUGGAUUUAAAGUUGGCUUGUUGGAUGUAGAUCUUUGUGGUCCUAGUGUACCAUAUUUAUUAAACUUAGAGGGUAAAGAUGUACACCAAUCAUCUGAUGGCUGGGUACCAGUAUUUGCUGACACAGAGCAGAGAUUAUCUGUUAUGUCAAUUGGUUUUUUAUUAAAAAAUCAAAAUGACAGUGUGAUCUGGCGUGGUCCUAAAAAAACAGCUAUGAUUAAGCAAUUUUUAACAGAUGUAGUAUGGCAAAAUAUAGAUUAUUUAAUUAUUGAUACACCACCUGGUACUUCAGAUGAACAUAUCACAGUGAUGGAAAACUUAAAAAAUGUUAAAUGUGAUGGUGCAAUUUUAAUUACAACUCCACAAGCAGUUGCAGUUGAUGAUGUUUUGAGAGAAGUUACAUUUUGUAGAAAAACUGGGAUUCCUAUAAUUGGUAUUGUGGAAAAUAUGAGUGGUUUUGUUUGUCCAUCUUGUGAAGAAUGUACAAAUAUAUUUUCAUCAGGUGGAGGAACAGUCCUUUCAGAAAUGGUAAAGGUGCCAUUUUUAGUUAAGAUACCUAUAGAUCCUCAAGUUGGUAGAUUAGCAGAUAAAGCUCAAAGUGUCUUAAUUACUCUUCCCAAUAGUCAAGUUGCACAAGUAUUUCGAAAAUUAGUUGAAGAACUUACUAAAAGUAAGGAAGCUUGAAACUAUAAAAUUGUAAGAUAUAAAAUAAAUAAAAAUCCUAUAUAUUUUAUAAUACAAAA